AUGCUGACACAGGACAUUCCAUCGUCUCGUUCCCCGUCGGCCAGACCGAAAACGCCUGCCUUGUCCGAGUUCGUCUGCGGACCAUGUAGUUUCAGUCGGAUUUAUUCCAGAGGGACGUUCUACUGCCCUGUAUGUAAGGAGCUCUUUUGCCAUAAUUGCGCUAAGCUCCAUCGAAUGAAAGAAUGGUCUCAAAAUCACGCCAUAGUACUUCUAGACAAAGCUAAUUCAAAGCAGUUAAAGGCUAUCGCAUCUCAAAAAAUUUCAAAAUCCGAACGGGAAUUGCCACAGCGGCCCCAGCGGUGGGGGAGGAGGGCACCGCUUAACGAAGGGUUCGAAUCUAAGUCCAAAUAUCUGAACGCCUUGGCCAGUAACCACGAUCAUGAAGUUGAGGACUUGGAGAACGAGUUGUACUGUCCGGAACAUGACGUCAUCUUCUGUCUGCGCUGUAAAAAUCCCCACACCGAUUGUAAAGGGACAGUUUCUAUUGAUUCCUUGGCAAAAAAGAUUGAUAUAGCUCAGGUUAUUUCAAACUACAAGAGGUGUGUCAAAUUCGCAGAUAUCAUGUUAGAAGACCGACUUGAACAGAAGAAACAGGUCGAAUCACAAAGAAGCGAGAUUAUUCCGAACAUCCAGUCGAUGAAGAGUGAGUUUGGUAACAUAAUAAGUAAAAAGGCUGCAGUGAUAGAAAAUGAGGUAUCUACCAAAAUAGAACAAAAUAUUAAGAAAAUUCAUCAACAUAUGGAGAAAUGUAAGCGUGUGAAAUACAUGGCCCAAUCUGACAUAGACAGCCUCCUCUCUGCCGUGGAGAAAGCAGUACCUGGAACCAUUGUUAAAGUGUAUCUCCGACUGAAAGUCAAAUAUUUAGUGUAUGAGAAAUAUCUCCGGGAGUUAUAUAACGACACGGAGUACGUAUCCUACCAGUUUGUGCCAAAUGAAGAGAUAAUGAUUCUACCAAACAUCAUCUCGUCGAUCGGAACUCUCAAGGAAACCAGGGGCUCAUCAAAGUUACCUCCCUUUAUGUCGGUGGACAAUGUCAAACCCUUCAAAGAGAGGUCGCUCUCUAAUCGUAAAAACGGUGACAUCCGGCUAUUUGGACUGGGUGUUCUAGGAAAAGGUGGAAUCACGUCCAUGCGAUGUACGGACAGCUACAUAAUGGCAGUGGCUCGGAGCACGUGUGAGUUUCGGGUGUUCACGUUACGUGGCUGGACAUUUGCCCAUUUAACGCUAUCGUCACUUCCAUGGGAUUUUACUUUGAUUUCCGAAAAAGAGGCUAUUGUCAGUCUCCCUGGUGACAAGAAAUUAGUGACCUUGACCAUUGAUUUCACACUACGUAAAAUAACUCAGACAAGGGAGAUUAUCCUGGAUGAGGCAUGCUGGGGAUUGACUGAAUUUAAGGGAAAGUUGAUUGGCACAUUCUUGCCUUUUGAAUCGGACACACAUUUAAGGGUCAUGACCUACGACGGGAUCACGGAGAGAAAAAUUGAAAUCCAGGAUUCUCCAGUGGCGUUUCGGGCGCCACAGUAUGUUUUAUACCAUGAAGAUAAAGUGUACAUUUCGGACAGCUUUUCACAUGCACUGAUCAUCAUUGACCUAGAUGGACAAGUGACGUUUGCCUUCAAGGCCGCCGAGUUCGAGAAUCCGGCGGGAAUGACCGUCGAUGACCAGGGCAAUGUUUACGUUUGUGGGAAGACGUCACAUAACGUCUUCCAGAUCUCGAGGGAGGGGGAUGUCCGGGAAAUUCUAUCCCAGGAGGACUGCCCCUCCAGACCUUGUUGUAUUGGUCUUCUAGGAGAUGGAUCUACUCUCCUUGUAGGAUAUUCCAACUCCAACGUGUUAAAAUCAUUCCAGUUUAGAUAA